GAGUACGACGAGGAGCGUGAAGAUAGCUGCAAAACGAUAGACACGCGUUACACGCAGCUGUAUCCGACGAUUCAACAUCUGAUGGGAUUCGGAUCUUCCUAAGAAGGCGACUACUUUUUUUUUUUAUUCCAUCUCGUAGUAACGAAGAUUGGAAGUUGAUCGGUUGUUUGACCGAGGAAGGACAUUACAUGUCGUACACGUUCGACGAUUUUCGACGUCCACCAUCGAUGUAAAAAAACAUCUGCGCUCAUUGGAACGUGGAAGGGAGAAUAUGGCCACCGCCUGGUGACGUUCCUUCGUUCGCUGAGAUAUCAAAUGCUUGGAAAAACAUCUGGUGCACCUUAUCGCUACCUUCAACAAUAAUUUCUCGUUCGACGAUCGAACACAAUAUUCUUUUCUGUGAAUAGUGCAACGAAUGUUAUAAUGAACAUGUGGAAAGUGCGGGAGUUUAUGGAUAAGGCGACUAAUGUGGUAAUGAACUAUACCGAAACCGAAGCCAAAGUACGAGAAGCAACAAACGAUGAUGCGUGGGGACCUACUGGUGCAAUGAUGCAAGAACUGGCUCAGGCAACAUUCACGUACGAACAAUUCCCCGAUGUAAUGUCCAUGUUGUGGAAAAGGAUGUUGCAAGAAAAUAAACGAAAUUGGCGUCGAACAUACAAGUCCUUACUUCUCUUGAAUUAUUUGGUACGUAAUGGAUCCGAACGAGUCGUAACAUCCUCCAGAGAACAUAUCUAUGAUCUGCGAUCAUUAGAGAACUACACUUGCAUCGAUGAAUUUGGAAAGGAUCAAGGAAUAAAUAUCAGGCAUAAAGUUCGAGAAUUAAUCGAUUUCAUUCAGGACGAUGACAAAUUAAAGGAAGAACGUAAGAAGGCGAAGAAAAACAAAGAUAAAUAUGUUGGCUUAUCGAGCGAGGCAAUGGGUAUGAGAUUUGGGGGUGGAGAUAGGUGGACGGAAAGUCCUAAAUGGAACAAAUCUAGUACAGAUAAUUACAAUGAUUGGGAUAGAGAUAAUCGUGGAAAAGGUUUCGAAGAUGCGAACAAUAGUGACGAUGGCGAAAGGGAAGACUCGGACAAUGACACACAUGCUAGUCCAAAAAGAGGCAAUAGGGAAUAUAGGGAUACGAUGGAAAGUAUAGAUCGAAUUGGUAAAACUAUUUCGGGAUCCAUGUCCUCAGUGAAUGCAUCACCGGUGCGAACAACACGCAAUCUCAAAAAAGUAGAUUUAGGCGCAGCAGCGAAUUAUGGAAAAGAACAAUCCAAUGCAUUCUCUUCUCCAGCUAAUCAUCAGAAGAAUAAGAAUGACAUUUUAAAUGACAUCUUCGAUUCUCAAAAUGAUAAUAAUACAAAGUCGACCAUCGAUGAUGACGACUUCAAUCCGAGAGGAAAUAAUCAUUCGCAACCUGCUAAUCUUGAUUUUGGCGAUUUUGCCAGUGCAUUCGGUAGUCCUACCGUUAAAAUGAAAGAAAACGAUGAAUUCGCUGAUUUUACGUCAGCUUUUAGUUCUGGCGUUACCUCUCCUAAUAAUUCAUUGCAUGCAUCGCAAAAUCAAUUAUCUUUUAUGGGAAACACAAUACCAAACACUAGCAAUACUACGACGAAUAAUCUAAAUAACACUAUGAUUUCUAAUGCUUCAGCAACUGGUUUUAAAAUGAUAAAUCCAAAUAGUAUUCAAAAAAAUAAUGUUGGUAAUAAUUUGUUCGAUUCUUUGCAACCACAAACACCCAAUAACGAAGCAGUAUUAAACAAUAAUACAGUAUCCUCGAAUACUGAUUUAUUGUCGGACCUUGGGAACUUCAAUUCUUUAUCAAUCGGAUUAGGGGAUAAAAGAGAAAAUAAUGCCAACAACUCUAACUUGUUCAAUACCUCUGCUCCUGCUGUUUUGGGGGAUUUUGGAACAGGAACAAUUGGACUAUCAUCUGUUACAAAUCUACUCACACCUUCGUCCGUUAAUGCCAAGAAUCCAGCACCAAAUAAUAUGUCUUCCUCGCAAAUUGGCUCAACGUGGGCUGGCUCAGGAUUGAAUAUAGAUCUUGAUAAUAUAAUGGGUAGUAAAUCAAAACAAGCUGGACCAGCACCAACUAUGAAUCAACUUGCUAGUACUAGCCCACAGCAUCAAGUUAAACCUGUAGCAGCAUCAACAUUAGGAUAUACAUCACCUAUGAUUCAAUCUCAAACACAGCAGCAGCAACAACAACAACAACAGCAACAACAACAGCAACAACAAGCAAAUUCAGUAUUCUUCUCUGCGUUUCAAUGAGACGCGUUAAAUAAUUUUAAUUAGACAACAAUAAAAUUUUUAAAUAUGCAUAUAUAAAAACCUGUAAUUAUGACAGUCAAGUACUUGGAAGAGACGAUCUAUUUAUUUAAUGCAAUUGAAAAGGAACUUUCUAUUUUCUUGACAAAAUAUAGUCUCUAGUGUAUACAGGAUUUACUUCAAUCUGUUCUCCAUAAUUCAGGUCAAUAUUGUUGUCGGAAGCGAAAUGGUGAAUUAAUCGUGUAUCGUGGAGUAAUGUGUUCAUGAACAAUCCAAAUAAGAAUGAACAUCACAAAUCUCUGUAAGCUGAGUGCUACUAAAUACAAAACUAUUGUAUACUGAAAGAUUUGUCAGUAUGUAGAAUAAGAGUAUUGCAAUAAUAUAUGAAUAACAUGCUCGUCAUUCAAGAAAUACGAGUAUGAUGAUUCAGCAGGAUAUAAGAUUUUUUAAUCAUUAAAAAAUUAAGAGUUGAGAUUUUGUUUACAUGUAUACUUGAAGGCAGCUUCAUAUAAUAUAUAUUAGCAUAAUUACAGGUGUUUACUCAUUAUAAUGAGUUAGAGUAAAAUGGAUUGCAUGGGAGCAAGUCAGGAAAGGAUUUGUGUUAAAUUUUUAUAUAUAAUGUAAAUCGGAAUUUUUCAAAGAAAAUUCAGCCUUAUAUGUACAGUAACGAUUUAUGGAAAGUUCGAAGGAAAGUGUAAUAUUUCUCUACGGAAAAAAAAAAAAAAAAAAAAAAAAAAAAAGAAAUUCAUCUGCUAACAAUGUCAUUAGCAGUAGUCAAAAGAAAUGUAUGAAUGCCCCUUCAAAAAUUAAUAAAAAAUGACAUGAUAGUAAGAAUAGAAAUUGCAUUUACUGUAGUUAAAGGACCGUAUCAAAAAUGUAUCGAUUUUAUAUUCCUUAUGAUUAACUAUAUUUGUGUACACAAGAGAUAGAAAUUGCUGUAGUAUGGUAUACUAAGUCAACAGUGCGUGCUUCCCUAACAAUAACUUUUCAGUGAAUAUAAAUUUUUUAAUUUUGUAUUUUAAAAUGCUAAACGUAUGAGCAAAAGUUAUGGAGUCUGAUUGUUCAAGUUUCACUAGCUACUUUAUUAAUCAAAAGGAGGCACAAAAGAAAUACCUGUAUUAUGUCGUAUUUUAAGUUUUUCAAUCAUUGCAGAUAUACAAUAUCAUGCACACAUAAUUACAAUUUAUUUUGUAUUAAUAUAUGUCCACUCAAGUACAUUGCAAUCAGUUUGAAAAGUGUUUGUAAAAUAGUAAUACAAAUCGAUUUUUCUUUUUUUGUUUUUUUUUUUUAAUUAUACAGUAUCAUAAAAGAAUGCAUAUCUUUUAAAAUAAUUGUGUAUCAUAUGUAUCUAAUGUAUAUGAUACAUGUGCAUAUAAUUAUAUAUGGACUAUAGCUAAGCAAUGAAGAUAAUUAUUAGUAAUUAAAUUGUUAAGUUUAUAAGUGAAAAAAAAUAUCUAAUUAUAUUAUAUUUCAAUUAUAAAUAAUUCAACUUAUUUUUGUUGCUAAAUUCUAAAAAAUUUUAUAGUAAUUUGUUUAAGAAAAAGACUAUGUUAAUAAUAAUAAAAAAAAUUUGUUAAUAACAUCACGUUCGCUAAAAUUUAUAUAAGUUUCAUGCUUUUAUUUUGCAUGUUAUAAUUGUCUUGUAAAAAAAAAGGCGUUAUUGAACGAACAUCUAUACAUCUAUAUGUAUAAAUUACUGCAUUGAACAUUAAUACAAUUAACUUUCAUUUAUAUAUCUAUAUAAAAUGAGACAGCUGAACUUAGCAAAAAACCUUCAGUUUUUACAAUAAUUUGGUUAUUACAUUAGUGAUACAUUUGUACUCAAUGAGUCUAAAUAUUUUUUUUUUUUUUUAUCCAUUCGUUGUAAUAUGCAUACUGAUGACUAUUGAAUGCUAAGAAUGUGAAUGCAUGUUUAUUCAAUUUAUAAAUAUAUCUGGUUCGCUUGUUUGUUGAAUUUUUUAACGAAUUAUUAUAAAUUACUUGAUGUAUCAUAAAUUAUUGUUACAUGAUUAUCAUCAGUAAUUUUAUUUCAAAUUAUUAAAUGUAAAAUGAAUUAUUGAAUAAGUUAAUUUAUUCAAUAAUUGUAUUGUAUGGAGAGAAAAUUAUUGAGAUAUUCAAGUUGAUUUAAUGUAAUAUUAUAAACCUCAGAGAUAUUUUACACAGAUUUUUACACAAUCAGAGACUGAAUGCUGUAAAGGAAGUACAUCGAACUCGCCCUUUACAUUUUCCAUUAUUUGUGCAUUUUAUAUGAAGUAAUACGAAUAAUGCAAAGGGGUAUAUAUUUUUAAAGUGUUACGAUAGAAAAUAUAUAUUGUACAAAUAUAAAUGAUUAUAAAUAUUAUAAAUAUAAAAACUUUCAUGCAAAGAUUAGAACAGGCACAAAUGUAUUGUAGAAUUUCAGAGGCCUUUUUAGAGAGUCAAACUAGAUUAAAGCUAAAAUCAGAUUAUUAGCAAGUAAUUAUAAUUUAUAUAUAUAUAUAUAUAUAUAUAUAUAUAUAUAUAUAUAUAUGUGUGUGUUAGAGUGGGAAUGUACAGCUGUCAUCUAUUCCAAUAAAUAAUAAAUCUAAUAAAAUGUAAAACUUAAGUUAAAUGUAAAAUUAUAUAGAAUAUUAAAUGUCAUAGGUUUUACUUUGUUUAAGUAUAUACCAAAUCAUUGUGCUUUCAUUCUAAGCAAUAGCUUGUUAAUUAUAUGCACUGUAAAUGUACUUAUUACAGACCAGUAAUUUCAUGCAUAUGAUCUAACAGCUUUGAAAUCUAUAUUUUCUUACAAAAGUAUAGUGCAUGUCACAGUUCGGAAAAUAUAAUUUCAUAUUUAGUAAUUUAUAUAUCAUUGUAAUAAAUAUUUGAAAAAAAAAAAAAAAA